UUCAAGGUGGUGGGCGGCAGGGAGGCCUACCCGGGCCAGUACCCGUGGGCCGCCUCUCUUCAGAUGAACGGCCGACACGUGUGCGGCGCGAGCAUCGUCAGUAGCCGAUACGUCGUCACGGCCAGCCACUGCCUGCACGGCCGGCCGCAGCCGAGCCUCUCCGUGGUGGUUGGAGAGCACACCCUCAGCAAACAGGAGAGCUCUGAGCAGCGCCUCCCGGUGGUCAGGACGUUCCCGCACGAAAAGUACCGCUACCCCAGCUUCAAGAACGACAUCGCCGUGCUCGAACUCGGAGGAGAGAUCGGCUGGAACCAGUACCGUCAGCCGGUGUGUCUGCCCGACGUCGGUCAGGCGCCGUCUCACGGUACUUCGGCCACCGUGGCCGGCUGGGGCUGGCUCGGCGAACAUCUCAAAGGCGGGAAGCAGGCGGACGUGCUGCAGCGCGUGCACGUGCCGCUCGUGGCGCCCGCCACGUGUUCCGGCUGGUUCAGUGAGGCGGGUCGGCGCGUGCACAUUGGUCGUGGUCAGAUCUGUGCCGGCUUCAAGGCCGGCGGGAAGGACGGCUGUCAGGGUGACAGCGGCGGCCCGCUGGUGACCGAUGAAGGCGGCCACCACACGCUCGUCGGGGUCGUGUCGGCCGGGAUCGGCUGCGCCCGACCCAACCUGCCCGGUAUCUACACGGACGUACACCUCUUCACCGAGUGGAUUGUCAGCAAGACGCGGGCGUCCAGGGGCGGCAGGGGCGACCGGCGCAGCUAGUUACGGCCGCUGGGAGGGCAGAGGGGACGACAGGGAGCAGUCACUGGGGUGGACAGAGAGAGGAUUUGUUACGCCGCCGCUGUGGUGAAAGUCGCAAGCAGUUCCGGUUUAGGUGGCUUGGUUCAGGUCAUGAUGCGUUUAAAGGGCAUUGAGAAGUGAGGACUGCUUAUCAGACUGCAUUUCCAAGGUUAUGAGGUGCGAAGAGGAAAACAGGAAAAUGGCAGCGACAUGUGCAUUGUGGGGUCAUUACGAAAUAAGACAUAUAAUGAGCAAAAUAAUUGUAAUUUAAUGCUUUGUAUAUAAAUUCAUGGAUGGAUG